GCGUCACAAUCGCUUUUCCCCCUUUCUUGCUCUUCCGAACUAGACGGGCAGAGUGUGGGGAGGUGAAUAAAAAUAAUAACCUCAAGCUUCUUGUCGCUUUGUCCCACCUUCGUAGGCAAGGCUGGUGUUUGGCUACGUGAGUUAAAGGCGAGUGGGCGCAGGCAGGGAGACGGGCGCUCCGGGACAGCUAAGCGCCAAAGCGUGCGAGAGGCCCCCGGUCCGAAUGGAGGUGGCCGAAGUGACAUACAGUAAUUUAGAGGACUGCCAGUCAUCUGCUUCGAAUGGAAACUACAGAGGUUGAUGAUGUCAAAAAGUCUUCCAAAAGAAAUAUAGCUCCAGCUAAAGUGUCUGACUGGGUGAAGCCAUCAUUUACUGAUUUCUCUAAGAGUACAAGUGCAUCAUCUAGCAUUCUUCAUACGAAGUCAACUACAGAUACCUACCACUGUCAGAAGAGGAAAGAACAUUCCCUUCCCGUAGAAACUUGCAAGAGUAAGAGGAAGAAAAAUAAACCACUUCCUAUAGAUGAGAGCUAUAAGCCCUCCAAACAAAAUCAUAACCUGACUGAACCAUGGGUCGAUAAUUACAAACCCAAAACUCAGAAUGAGCUUGCGACCCACAGAAAGAAAAUUGAAGAAGUUGAAGCAUGGUUAAAAGGGCACAUGUUUCAAAAGCAUCCUAAACAGGGAGGCUCUAUUUUAUUAUUAACUGGUCCUCCAGGAUGUGGCAAAUCUGCAACUUUGGACAUAGUAGCCAAGGACCUUGCCAUUCAAGUGCAAGAAUGGAUAAAUCCUGUUCCUCUAGACUUCAAGAAGGAUGGUGAUCAAGAUGCUUUCCACCAUGAACCCCAUUUUCAGAUGCUUCCUUAUCAGAGCCAGCCAGCUGUCUUCCAAGAGUUUUUGUUAAGAGCAAGCAAAUAUGCCCGUCUUCAGAUGGUUGGAGAAUGCAUGGGAAAUGACAAAAGACUUAUUCUUGUGGAAGAUAUGCCAAACCAUUUUUAUUAUGACCCUAGCAGUUUACAUGAAAUAUUGAGGCGGUUUGUACGGACAGGCAGAUGCCCUCUUGUAUUUAUAAUAUCAGACAGCUUCAGUGGAGCCAGCAACCAAAGGUCUCUCUUCCCAAAGGAGAUUCAUGAAGAGCUUUGCAUAACUAAUAUUAGUUUUAACCCAGUGGCUCCAACAAUAAUGAUGAAGGUUCUAAAUCGAAUAACUGCAAUAGAGGCAAAUAAGAAUGGAGAAAAAUUUGAUGCUCCUGAUAAAGCCUCAUUAGAAUUGAUUUGCAAAGGAUGCUCAGGCGAUAUCAGGAGUGCAAUAAACAGUCUCCAGUUCUUUUCCUUGAAAGACUAUUCAUCAGAGGAAAAGUUCUGGUCACAGAGAAAAGGGAAUUCUACAUUAAAAUGUGAUACAUUAUGUAAAGUAAAGAAGAAAACGAAAUCUCACAGCCCUCUAGAAAAUGAGAAAGUUCAACCUAUUGGUGGCAGAGAUGCUUCCAUCUUCCUUUUUCAUGCUUUGGGAAAAAUACUUUACUGCAAAAGAGAACCUACAACAGAAUCAGAUUUUCCUCAGUUGCCUGUUCAUUUAUCAGAAUAUAAAAGAGCUCCUUUGCUUGUUCAACAUGAGGAUGUCGUUGAAAAAUCGCACAUGCCUGGAGAUUUGUUUAAUUUAUACCUUCACCAAAACUAUAUAGACUUUUUCUCUGAUAUAGACGAUCUUGUGAGAGCCAGUGAAUAUCUGAGUAUUGCUGACUUCAUUUGCAAUAACUGGGAUACACGACCUGUACUCCGGACAUAUAGCGCAUCUGUGGCAACACGGGGUGUGAUGCAUUCAAACAGAGCCAGAGCCUUUGCCCAGAGCAAAGGAAGAAUGGGCUUUCGACCCCUUCAUAAACCACAGUGGUUCUUUAUUAAUCAAAAGUUUCAAGAAAACUGCAUUGCUGCAAAAUCCCUCUUUUCAAGUUUCUGUUUGCCACCGCUGUGCCUUCAGACUGAGCUGUUGCCUUAUCUUGCAAUGCUGACAAAUCCCAUGAGAAAUCAAGCUCAGAUUACUUUCAUUCAGGAUGUUGGAAGGCUUCCAUUAACGAAACGCUUUGGAAGGUUAAAGCUCGAAACUCUUACUGAUGAUGCUACCAUACAAGUCCUGGACAGUGAUGACGAAGGUGCUUUUGCAGAGAUCCAGUCCACAAAGGUGCUUCUGCAAACAGAGAAAACAAAAAUCAAUGAGGAAAAUGAACCAGAUGAAUUGCGUCUUACAUCCAGUCAGUCCAGUGGACAUGAAUUGCCAGGCAGUCAACCUCAGCCCAUUGCAGCACAAGUCAUCAUGGCGGAAGAUGAUUUCAACAUAGAAGAAUAUGAUAGUGACUGAAAAUUAUAAAAUUCCAAUCCCAAAGUUGUGGUACAAAAUUUUAGUUGUGGUAUUUUAUGACUUUAUAUAUAAAUGAACAGAAAGUGCUACUGACAACCUAAGCUCCUAUUUCUGCAGGCUACCAUGUAUUUUGAGUUCACAGUGGAUAAAAACUAGUAUGGAGGAUGUUAGGGUAUUGGGGUUCCCCACUUCUACCAGUCCCAAAUACAAAGUUUAAACUAUGCAUACAUUAGUUCCAAGAUUAUUUUCCCUGCUCAUGAGAUGAUGUAGGAAUUAUUAUUAUACAGAAAUUCACUUAUUUUGACUUUAUUUAUCUCCAUUGUCUCUUACAGCUAUUUAGGGGACACCGUCAGCCUUUUUUUGCUAGCAUUUCAUACAUUUUGAUCUUGUAUGUGGUAACAGAAACAUUGUACAAAGCAUUUAAGGCCUGGUUUGUAUGUUAUUUAAAAUGUAAAUAAACCUC